CGAGCCCCGAGGGGAAGAGAAAGAGGUCUAAAAGCUAAGCGCUUAUGAGCGCGCGGAGAGAGAAGCACUGAUUGAGAAAUAAAUAAGGACGCCAGAGUCGGAUCUUACAGAAUAUUCCUACUUACAAACCUUUUCGAGCGUGAGACGUACAGCUUGCCUCCUUUCAGAAACUUUCUGCCUUUGCUUUCUUGACUCGGUUUAUUUAUUGGUGCUUUUGUGGCUUUAAGCACAAACUCAUUAGACUGUGCCAGACUAUAUUUACCUAGUAUAUAAACAACCUGCCAAAGUGAACAACUCGGAUUAAAAAGCAGAUCGGGCGACGCAUUUGGAGACGUUUUCUCGCUCUGACAGACUUCUAGAUUUGCUCCCGCGAACAAACACACUUGUUCUCCAUCUCCAUUAUUUCAACCUAAAGAUUUAAAGGUAUGUCUGUAGAAGAUAGUUCAACUCUGGACAGGUAACCAGGUGUCACUGUUGCUAUGGCAACACAGAUGCUGCCAUUCUUGCCUGCCCUCCUCACUGUCCUCCUCGUUUCCUGGACAGCGGCCCAGGACGUGGAUUGGCAUUUUGACUCUGCUAAGUGUCGCUAUGCUCUGGGGAUGGAGGAUGGCACUAUACCUGACUCUGACAUCACCGCAUCCAGUGCCUGGUCCGACUCGACCGAGGCCAAACAUGGCAGGUUGAGUACUGGAGAGGGGGAUGGGGCGUGGUGUCCAGCUGGUCCAGUGUUUCCCAGUGGCUCAGAGUACCUGCAGGUGGAUCUGCGCAAGCUUCAUUUCCUGUCUCUGGUGGGCACACAGGGUCGCCAUGCAGACGGGCUCGGACGGGAGUUUGCACGCAGUUACCGGCUACAUUACUCUCGUGAUGGACGACACUGGAUAACCUGGAAGGACCGCUGGGGACAGGAGGUGGUGUCAGGGAACAAGAACACAUAUGAUGUGGUCCUGAAGGACCUGGGUCCACCCAUCAUAGCGCGCAUGGUGCGCUUUUACCCGCUGGCGGACCGCGUGAUGAGUGUGUGUCUAAGAGUUGAACUCUACGGUUGUGUUUGGAAGGACGGACUAAAGGCGUACACCGCUCCUGUGGGCCAUGUGAUGGACUUGUCAGGCACUCCUGUCUACCUUAAUGACUCCAUCUAUGAUGGCAGUAAAGAGGCAGGGGUGAUGUUCGGAGGAUUGGGCCAGUUGUGUGAUGGUGUUUUAGGUGGGAAUGAUUUCAUGGAGAGUAAAGAGCUGAGAGUGUGGCCAGGAUAUGAUUACGUCGGCUGGAAUCGAGAAACCUUGGGAAAGCCCACUGUUGACAUUGAAUUUCACUUCGAGAAAACACGGGUCUUUCACACCAUGCAGGUGCACAGUAAUCACAGACACACUCAGCAUGUGCGGGUGUUCAACGAAGUGGUUUGUGAGUUUAAGGCCAGUCUGUUGAGCCCGUGGGCGGAGCCUGCGCUCAGGCUUGAAGUGCCGCUGUCUGACCUACACGACCCUUCGUCCCGCACCAUCUCACUGCCGCUCAGAGGACAACCGGCGCAAAUUCUCCGCUGCCGUUUUUCUUUCAGUGACCGCUGGCUCCUCAUCAGCGAGAUAAGCUUCUACUCGAUGCCAUUUGAGGAUGGAUCCAUCCUUCCUCCUCUGCCUUCCUCCAGCACUCGUCCUCUCAAUGCUACUUCUCCUCACACCCCCAGCCCCGCAAACGGAACCAGCAGCCCCACUGACCUCUUCAUGACCAUUACUUCACUGCUGCCCAGCAGCAUACCAACAGAGUUUCCUGCAGUCACUCUGAGGGCGGGCUUACCUGUGGCCAAAUAUGACAGCAGCAACACAGCCAUCCUGAUUGGCUGCCUGGUUGGAAUUAUCCUGCUCCUACUGGCUGUCAUAGCUGUCAUACUUUGGAGGCAGUACUGGAAGAAACUACUUGGCAAGGCCCAAGGCACCCUCUCCAGCGACGAGCUGCGGGUUCAUCUUUCAGUUCCAUCGGACAACGUAGUGAUCAAUAACACUAACACCCAUACAUACUCCAGCCGCUACCAGCGCAUACACACCUUCCCCGACGACCGGGACCGCGAGGGAGAAUACCAAGAGCCCAGCACUGUACUGCGGCCCCGAGAGCAAUGUGACAGCACAGCACUGCUGUUAAACAACCCAGCAUAUCAUCUCCUCCUGUCUGACCUGACACAUGGCCCCAACAGGCUGACAAACUGCCACAGCCAGCAAGAAAAGCCCCAAAACCUGUCCCAGGCAUGUGCUAUUGAUAUGGCUGAUAAAGGCCUUCCAAUUCAGGAGGGACCGCCUCCUUACCCCGGAGCUCCGCCCCCUGGCCUGUCAGCAGCUCAUUAUGGAGAAGUUUCCGGAGGCGGGGGAAGCGUUCCUCAUUAUGCAGAAGCUGACAUCAUCAGUCUGCAAGGGGUUAGUGGUAACAAUACAUAUGCAGUCCCCGCCCUCUCAGCCACGCCCACUGAUUGUCCACCACUGCCCGAGUUGCCACGGGAACGACUUAUAUUCAAAGAGAAGCUGGGAGAAGGACAAUUUGGAGAGGUGCAUCUGUGUGAGAUUGAAAACCCUCAGGACCUCGCAAACCUUGAGUUCCCAUUUAAUGUCAGGAAAGGGCGCCCUCUGCUGGUGGCUGUGAAGAUUUUAAGGCCAGAUGCCUCGAAAAAUGCCAGGAAUGAUUUUCUGAAGGAGGUGAAGAUUUUAUCUCGCCUGAAGGAUCCGAACAUAAUCCGCCUGCUGGGUGUGUGUGUAAGCAGCGACCCACUGUGUAUGGUCACAGAGUACAUGGAGAGCGGCGACCUCAAUCAGUACCUCUCCCAUAGAGUGCUGCUGGACAAGACCGGCCCUUCACAUAACACACCAACCAUCAGCUACCCAGCGUUGAUCUCCAUGGCGAGUCAGAUCGCAUCAGGAAUGAAGUUCUUGUCGUCUCUGAACUUUGUGCACCGAGACCUGGCCACGCGGAACUGCUUGGUGGGUGGAGAGAGGGGUGAGGGGGAGGACCGCGGCGGAGAGCGCCAGAUAAAGAUAGCUGAUUUUGGCAUGAGCAGGAACCUCUAUGCUGGUGAUUACUACAGGAUACAGGGACGAGCUGUGCUGCCUAUUCGCUGGAUGGCAUGGGAGUGCAUCCUCAUGGGGAAGUUCACUACAGCGAGUGACGUGUGGGCAUUUGGCGUGACGCUAUGGGAGAUGCUGAGUGUGUGUCAGGAGCAGCCGUACAGUCACAUGACCGAUGAACAGGUCAUUGACAACGCUGGGGAGUUUUUCAGAGACCAGGGCAGACAGGUGUACCUGUCUCGCCCAGCUGUGUGCCCACAGGGUUUGUAUGAGCUGAUGCUUAGCUGCUGGAACAGAGACUGUAAACUACGGCCUUCCUUUGCGUACAUUCACUCCUUCCUCACCGAAGACGCCAUGAACAUGGUUUAGAAAGUGACAGAGAGAUGAAAAGCGAAAGAAUGUAAGAAAGUGUGUGUGGACCACAGACUGGUGGUGUGUUUUAAGCACUCUUUUGUGCAUUUUUGGAUGGGUGGCUUGGGGGAAAUUAAAGCCGCAGGUUCGGUGCCCCCAAAUUACCCACUUCUCACCCCUUAUCCUGAAAUCCUGAACUCUUCCAGCAACAUUUUAUCCCCAAAUCAUUUAAGACUCGCUGUUCCCCCUAUCAAUCAUUAUUCCACAGUAUCUAGUUUCACAGAGAUACAAAUCUCCCAGAAUGCACCACAGAAAUUCUUUUUUUUUUUUUCUGAAACAUUAUUCUGCCUCAUAUUUUUUCUGUGAACCUAAGAAUGAAACCUCUCUGUAAAUGUUUCCUGCUGUAAAACUGAAGUCUGUUGUGUUCUGUGAGGUCCAGUAAUGUGACGAUGGGUCGACGGGAAUAAUGUGGGAUUGAUUUUGGGAUAAAAUGUUGCUUGGCAUCUGAACCUUAAAUCCUGGUCCUCUAACCUGUAUCAAAACUGUCUCUUCAUUCCCUGAACACUGAAUAGAUGUCAAAACACAAUCAUAUAAACUGGUGGAGGGUUUCAAAGCUAGAUGACAGGCAGCACAAAAGCACACGGCUCUACAAACUGUCCAUUUAGGGAAACAUUUCACAGAUAUGCGUAUUAAAAGAUACAAUAGCAGAAAUAUAGUAAUAGUCUUUUAUACUUGCAUAUUGAGUGAAAAUAGUGAAUAACAUUUUUAUCAAUAAAUUCAGUCUAACUUUGCUAGCAUUCGUAGUCAUGUAGACAAUCUGAGGAUGUAUCAGCAAGUUUUUCACGUCUUUUCUGUGGUGGAGGGUAAUUCAUCAUUAAAAAAUGCUCACAGAUCGUUAAACAUUCAACACUGAGUGGGACGUUUUCAUCUCAUUGAUAUGAAAUCGUUUUUUGACCUCUUGGAGAACCAUUUAAAGUGUCGAUAAAUGUCAGUAGCACUUUUGGUGUGUAUUCAAAAUUAUGUACACAAAUGGCUGAAUUAUUUACGAUAUGUAAAUAAUAAUGUUCAUCAAAAGCUGAUAUGUCAAACACGGGCUUAUUACAUGAUAUUGUCAAAUUCAGCCAAAAUAAAAAAUGGAUUUCUGUGACUCCACCCCUGUAUGUCUGCACAUAAAUGGUCCCUUAAGGUCUGUUCACAUCAUGGACAAAAAAUACAAUUAUAAAGUUUUAAUAAUCUUUAUAAUUCUGUAAGAACAAGGAAACCCACUCCACAGCUAUAAUGAUAUCAACAGAGAAACAAUAUGGUGGGAAUCGCUUUCAGAAUGAUGACAUUGAAAGCCAAUCAAAAUCUGACUCUUAAGGGUCUUGAGCAUUUGAAGUUGCAGAAGACAAACCUGCAGCCUGUGCUUGUAAUAAACAGAGCUUUCAUGCUUGGUUUGAGUGGGCCUUUUGUUCAGUUAUCUCAACAUUUAAUCACUCCAUCCUUCAUUGACUAUAAAGGAAUGUUCACACCAAGAACAACGACCAUAACGAUAAUUAU